GCGUUAUCGUUGCAGUAUGGCGGACGAUGGGGACGGUAGGAGUGCAGCGGCGGACACUAGUGGCGGCCAGGGGACUACAGAGGAGUUAGAUCCGGGGGCCGGUCUCGCUAUAACCGUCAUGCUGCUCAAUCUCAGCGUUCUAGCGAUCGUGCUGGUCGUGUGUUACGUGAUUUACGCGCGGGUUUGGAGGAGGGCGGGAGCGGACUCGGGCCGGGGCAGCGAGGCCUCGCCGUUGCCCAAGAUGAGAAGACGCGACUUCACUCUGGAGCAGCUGCGCGAGUACGACGGCGUACAGAACCCGCGCAUCCUCAUGGCAGUCAACACCAAGGUCUUCGACGUGACCAGCGGCAAGAAGUUUUAUGGACGCGAGGGCCCCUACGGGAUCUUUGCGGGAAGAGAUGCUUCUCGGGGUCUGGCCACAUUCUGUCUUGAGAAAGACGCUUUACGGGACGAAUAUGAUGAUCUUUCAGACCUGAACGCUGUGCAGAUGGAGAGUGUUCGAGAAUGGGAGAUGCAAUUCAUGGAAAAAUAUGACUACGUUGGUCGUUUGUUGAAGCCUGGAGACGAGCCGUCAGAGUACACAGAUGAAGAGGACAUGAAGGAUCAUCAAAAACAUGAAUGAUGUGCUGAAUCAUCACAUCAACUGAAGCCUAGGACUGAGAAGGCCACCAUCCAGAGUUGUUGUACCCCAGCAGAACACCCUGAGAAUCUGCCCUAUAACUCCAUCGUACAGUGUCCCCAGUACAACCAACACCAAAUACAUUGACUUAAUGCGCCAUCACAAAGGAGCUACACGUCUCUUUCUAGAAGCCCCCUGAUGUUCUGAAUGUUCUUCACCUUCUACAAAAACAGAUUAAUAGCCUGUCAGAGUUUCCCGUAGUCACCUGCUCUUGAUAUAUUUCCAGCUACCGUGUCGUUGCCCCUCCAGAUUCCAUCUUCCUGGCCCACCUAAACACUCAAUUGAAACACUCAUCUAUAUACUUCAUAACCCAUCCGACCUACACUCUAAAUACUCCACCAUACAGUCUAAACCCUAAUCGCUCAAUCCUACACCAUAAACUCUGUUUACCGUACACAUUAAACCCUCUAUCAUAUUCUGUAGCCUAAACUCUGCUAUAUAACCCUACAUCCCAAUUGGAAAGUGAAACGGACCUGAGGCUUUUUAAAAACCCUGCAGAUUUAUGUGUUCCGGCUUGGACUGAAAAUGUGAAAUGAUUAAUAAAAUGGAGGAAAAAGGAAACCCUGAAUACACAUACAUUUAUAUUCUUAUAUUUUUCUUUGGGGACAUCACCGUUCAUGACCUCAGACGUGAGAGGCCAUAUGCUCAUGGCAUAAACGAAAAGGGGCUGAUAACAGGAAUGCACAACAGGUUAAAAAUUGCCACUGGGGUCUUAAUUCUUUUUCUUUCUCUUUAAGUUGCUAGUUUUUGGUGUGUAAUUAUUUUUGUACCACAGCACACAUCUCAAACACUUUGAGCAUUUAAAUCUCAUGCCUGUUCAUCAUCUGUGGGAACAUUGUAAUUUUAAAUCAAUGUAAAUGUCAAAUGGAAAUAGUAACCAAUCCAAAAGCCAGAUGUGUCUGCCAUCAUCCAAUCCAAAUGUGGGAGGGCCUGGGGUGGGUCAGGUUCUUUCUCAGCAAUUUUUGUAUUGUGUGCUCCACUAGUGUGUAACGAUUUUUGUAAAAACAAUUUGGGAUGCUGUAGGGAUUUGAAAGGGGGUUUUGGGUGGGUGUCUGUUUGCAUUCUUGCCAUGAAACUGUUGUUUAAUGUGAGCUGUAUAAAUCUGAAUGGCUGGUCGGGAUGCAAAGGGAAGAUCAGUUCUGCAGGUUAAAUAGAUUGGCUUGUCUGCUCAUUGGUCGACAGACCUCUCCCUUCCACUAUUGAUGAUACAGUGUAGAUAUUGUGCCUUAUUUCAGUUUCAUUCUACAACAAAGCAGUCCUAAAUAGUUGAGAUCUAAAGAAAGAUAUGACGGAGAAAACACAAACAAAGAUUUAUGAAAAACAUGAUCUGCUCUGCCCUUUCCACAUUUUCUACCCUUAAUUGGUGUUUGAAAAAGCCAAGGCGCGUUUCCUUAAUUUUCACACAGUUUAGACAACUGAGUCAGACACAGAGGCUUGAUGGCCUGUAUCGUGACCUUGUACAUAGACUUUAUGAGCUAUUUCAGUGUUACUGCCAUAUCUGCGCUGUUAUUAAACUACACGCACUGCUGUGUUGUACUGGCCAAAAGAUCCAUUGCUCUUUCUCUUGUCUCCAUCUGUUUUCCCCCUCUUUUUUGGAUUGAAUUUAUUUUUAAUUGUAAUUUUCAAAACCAUCUUUAAGUGUUGUAAUGUUUUUUUCUGGAGGGGAACAAUGAGGUUGGAAGAAUAUUUCUUCUUUGCUGGGGGAUGAGGGAAAAUUCAAACAAAUUGUGGAUUCUGUAAAUAUGUGUAUCAUUUUAUUAAAGCAUGUGCAGCAAACAGUGAGGUAAUGCUGGCUCUCAUGUCAUGUAUUUAAAUGUGGAGUUUGCAAGGGAGUGUGUGCACGCGUUUAGGGGAGGAGGACAAGAACGUGUUGUUGCAGGAAUAAAUACAUUUGAAUAAUAA